UGUUCAGCCCAAUAUCAUAUUCCCCUAAUCCCCUUCCUGUUGGGAGAAGAGAAAGAAAGUCGCCAGAAAAGCGAGAAGGAAAGCAACGAGCCGAGAAGAUUCCGCGGAAGGAGAGUUGGUGGAGGAGGGUUUGCUGCGUUGCGGCCAUGGAGAACCUGGCGAUGCUGUGGGGGGUCAUCGGGCCGGGCGUAGCCGGCGCGCUCUUCGGCGCCGGCUGGUGGUUCUGGGUCGACGCCGUCGUCUGCAGCGCCGUCCAGGUCUCCUUCAUCCACUACCUCCCCGGGAUCUUCGCGUCGCUGGCUGCGCUCAUGUUCAAUUGCGUGAACAAGGAGGACAUCGGGAAUGAUUAUUACUCCUCCUAUGGGGACGAUUCCGAGUGGAGGGUGAAGCUUUGGCUUUUUGUCGCAUAUGUUGUUUCUUUCGUCUGCCUAGCUGGAUCAGUUGGUUUGUUGGUGCAAGAUGCAUUGACAGACAAGGGUCCUUCCGUGUGGACUGGUGUUGCUGGUGUUCUGCAAUGUGUUUUCGUAUUGAUAAGUGGGUUGACAUAUUGGACGUGCCACUCUGAGGAGUAAGGUCAAAAUAUUGUGAGCAGACUUGGAAGGUUGGUCAUAAUGUUGCAAGGUCGUCUUCUCUACAACUGUUGUCUUGUGUAAAUUAUGUUCGUUUUAGGAUGGGAAGAUCGGUGUUUCAUGUGUGCAUAACUGACUGCUUUCUGAAAUUAUCGUUAGCAUUGGUACAUGUUUAUCCUAAUUUUCUUCGGAAGUUCUGAUGCCUCCCUUUAUUAGGUUAGAGUUGAAAUUGGAUCACGCGCCCCUGCAACGAGUCAUUAUUGUCAAACAUACUUAGUAUGGUAAUUCAGUUGACUACAUUAAAACAGAUGCUGUUCCAGUAUGAUGAUUCUAUCUAGGUGCUUGUGAAACUGUAGACCAAAAUAAUGGCACCAGAUUCUUUUGGGGCCGAUAAACCGCUCCUUAAAA